AGAGGGGGACUCAGGUCACAGAGCCCACCCACACUUCCUUCCUCUUCUGGGCGUGAAAACAGAGCACAGAGAAACACCAGCAGCUCCGACCUGAGCAGCCUUCCUGGGAAGAUGCAGCCACCCCUGCUCGUGCUCCUGCUGGCCUUUUUCCUGCUCCCCUCGGCAGAGGCAGGGGAGAUCAUCGGGGGACAUGAAGCCAAGCCCCACUCCAGACCCUACAUGGCCUACCUUCACAUUGAAGAUGAGGAGGAGGAGUCCAUGUGUGGCGGUGUCCUUGUGCAAAAGAAAUAUGUUCUGACAGCUGCUCACUGCAAUGGAAGGUCAAUCAGUGUCACCCUGGGGGCCCACAACAUCAGAAAGCAGGAGAAGACCCAACAGGUCGUCCUGGUGAAAAGAGCCAUCCCGCACCCAAAGUUUAUUAAGAGGAAAGGCACCUAUGACAUCAUGUUACUGCAGCUGGAGAGAAACAUCAAGCAAACUGAUGCUGUGAAGCCCCUCCCACUGCCCAGGGGCAAGGACCUGCCAAAUCCAGGAGAUAACUGCACUGUGGCCGGCUGGGGGCAGGUCACAAGGAGGGGCCCUGGCUCAGACACUCUGCAGGAGGUAGAGCUGACCCUGCAGGCGGAUUUGAAGUGUAAAAGGCGCUUUAACCAUUACAACAAGAACAUUCAACUGUGUGUGGGGAACCCAAGAGAAAAUAAGACAACCUUUCAG